CCAGCUUAGCUUUACCAUCUUCUUUUCGGCAGUGAAGUAAAAACCUUAGAACAAGAUACCGAAUGGAAUCGAAUCCUCCUAGUAAUGGUUACGAUCUUCCAGUGUAUGGGACACAAAACGACACAUUUUAUGGAAUACAUAUACCUGCUUUAAUAUGUAUCGUCACGAGUUUCACGUGCGCCAUCAUUGCGAUCGUGUUGUCGUUUCGUAGCAAGAGUCACCGGACGUUCUUCACAGGAUGGUUGAAGAGCGAAAGGUUUAUUGUGUAUCUGGCAGUGUGCGACGGUCUUUUCAAUACCGCGCAUUUCACCGACCACCUGCACAUAGUGAUCGUGCGGGACCAUGUUUACCCACGGCAACUGUGCGAGUUCUAUGGAUUCACCUUGGUGGAAUUCAUCACAGCUCAAAAUCUGCUGGUAAAUGUGAUCGCGGUAAACGCUUUCAUGUUGAUGUAUUUCGACAAGAACAUUUACUUUGGAAGAUACGACUGGCGACUGUUGACAUGGACCUUUGGGACACCGUUUGUUGGAGCUACUAUUGCCGAAGCGCUCGGGCAACUAGGGCCAAACGGAGCUUAUUGCCACUUCGAUGGAGUAAAGGGAAAAAUUGUAGGAUUGGUCUUCACAACUGUGACAAUACUUUUAAUCCUAUUGAUGAAUUCUGUUUUAUAUACGUUGACAUGGCGACGAAUUCAAAAACUGACGCGUUCAGCAGACCAAUCUCACCACAGCAUGACAUCAACGAGAAGGGCGUCCAUCCGUUCCGCCCAGUCUAUGUCCCUCUUCGUGCUGGCGUUCUUCAUCCAGUGGUGGACAAUGGCGCUGUAUGGAACCUGGAAUAUUUUCACCGAUAACGUACCUCAGCCGCUGUUUCAUCUCGUAACAAUAUUUGUUAACCUAGGUGGAACAUUGAAUUUGAUUGUGUACAUAAUAUUAAGAAGGCGGCGGAUUGAACGACCGUCAGACACAACAAAGGAUGUCAUCAAAAGAGCCACUGACUCAAAGAAAUCUUCCAAUGGUACCGAACAAUGCUCUUCGCCAUUGUAAUUUGUAAAUAAAUAUCAUUAUUGAUUUUAUCAAGGCAAGUUUCAUAUUUUAUAUUUGAGUAUAUAUUUUGUCGACAUGAUGGUUUGUUAUUUUAUAUAUGAAGAAAUUCAUUACAUUCUAUGUACAUGCACCCUUUCCCAUUUUUCAGACAGAAACUCGUUUUCCAUCCGUUCCCUUAUUUCGCUGUUUUUGUAUUUAAUAACAAAAGGUUUUAGAGUGUUUUUGUUGCUGUUGUACAUAAAGCAAUGCGAUAUAUGUUAUAUUUAGUUGGUGAGUUUGCAAUAAAAGA